ACACCCCCAACCACCAGCCACAAAUCCUCUAGAUGGCAGUCUGUAGAUUUGCAACAGUGUGUUAUGAAGCUGCACUUACGUUGGUGAUCUGAAAUUGUAAACAAAAUGAGUUGCUUAUGGAUGGGUAAUCUAGAGCCUUACAUGGAUGAGAAGUUCAUCUCUCGUGCAUUCGCCACCAUGGGAGAGCUUGUGGUGGGGGUGAGAAUCAUCCGGAACAAAAUGAACUGGGGUGCGGCAGGCUAUUGCUUUGUUGAGCUGGCGGACGAGGCCACUGCUGAGAGGUGUCUCAGGAAAGUCAACGGGAAGCCUCUCCCUGGAGCCACACCGCCGAAGAGGUUCAAACUAAACCGUGCCACGUAUGGAAGACAAGGAGAGAGCAGAGGUGGUUACUCAGACAACAGGUACAAUCAGCCAUACUCAUACAACAACCAGUACUACCAACAGUACCCUGACUACUACUCCAACUGGGGCUAUGAGCAGAACACAGGCAGCUACGGAGGUUACAACUACAACCACUAUGACUAUAGCAACCAGGGUUAUGGGGAGACUGAAGAUGAUGGGCUGGAGUACCCAAUGGUGGUACUGGAUGUGGUGGCAGCCAACAGGCAGUACAUGGAGGAGAGUGAGGAGCUGUAUGAUGCCCUCAUAGACUGCCACUGGCCUGCCCUGGAGCCUCCUGCUGCUGCACCAUCCAAGGCAUAGUAGAGCUAGCAGACCCCCUGGUCGACAGACAGCAACAGUCGGACUCUCUCAACCUCUUGAUGUGGAUUGUUUGGAACAGCCCAGUGUGAAGGUUCAAAGGCAUCUCGUCCUGCCUGCCAAGAGUAGCUGGGCUUCAGUGUCUCGUACACUUGCUGCAAUGGGCUAAGCUAAGCGAACAGACCACAGUGUAUGAUUCGUGUGAACCCAGCUCCAGUGACUGAAAGGAUGCCCCCCCCAUGUUUGAAUUUUUAUUGCUCACCCCCACUAAUUUCUUUGGGGUUAUUGGGCACUGGUUUGGUUCCAUUUGCCCAAUGAACAGGUUUGUUUCGGUGCUUGAUGUCUUUGUAAUCAUAUCUUCAAGGACUGCGGUGCUAGUUUGAGCCUGUCUUUUCCCUCCCUCACAUAGCUACCCUUUUCAUAUUUAUUGUCCACACUGGAAAAUAGAAUAAGAUUGAAAUAUAAUCCCUAUUCGACACCCUAUUGAUUAUCUAUCUAGGGUCACUUGCUUCUUAUUGUGGAGUGGAAGACUGUGUAGUAGGUGUUUUAAACCUUUCUCCUCCAUGUUAUAAUUUGAAAGCUGUGGUACAGACAGAAUUGUUGAUUCUGCUUUAUGUAAAUAUUCAUCAACAGAAGACAAUGUGGAGGCGCGUGUAUUCACUUUAUAAUAACUUACAUGAAUAAUACAUUAUAAAUGCGUAAUAAAUUAAUAUAAAUGCUUUCAAAAUAUAUAUAUAUAUAUAAUGAAAUACUUUAAAUAGGUUAUGAAUCCUUAUUAUUCAGAGUUAUUAUAAAGUGUAACUGUUUCAUCAAUGUCAAAUGUGAUGUCCUGUAUAGCAGGAUAUGAUGGUAUUCUUUAUGGCUAGUCUAUAGAUCACCUCAUGUUACUGUAGUAGAAAUACAGUAUCAGAUCAGCUUGUUCAGUGUUAAUUAGCUCCGAGACCACAUGCUGACUGCAGCAAAUAAUAUCAGUAUCUACAAGCUCAAAUCACCAGUGUUCAUAUUUCUUGCUUUUGACGAUAAAUACUUGUGACAUUGAUGCUCUAAGACCGACAUGUAUUAAAAUGUGGCCCUAAAAUAAUCUGUUACUCUAUUUGAAAAGAUUAACUACAAACCUGCUCCUGUAAUAAGAGUAGAGAAGCACAAAAACUAUGAUAUAUGUUUUUGCUCCAUGCACUUGAAAAUCCAUAUUUUACUAGUUUAAAUUCACCAGAUGCCCAGUAAUUAAUUGAGGGGAAAGUAGUCCUUCCUAGAAUCCUCAAUUAUAGGCUGGAAUCAGAAUCCUGAAACAAUAGUAAAACAGCCAUUCAGUUUGCAUCUGGCUACCUCAAUCAUUCCACACACCCAGCACCAGAGUAGGUGUUUUAAACCUUUCUCCUCCAUGUUAUAAUUUGAAAGCUGUGGUACAGACAGAAUUGUUGAUUCUGCUUUAUGUAAAUAUUCAUCAACAGAAGACAAUGUGGAGGCGCGUGUAUUCACUUUAUAAUAACUUACAUGAAUAAUACAUUAUAAAUGCGUAAUAAAUUAAUAUAAAUGCUUUCAAAAUAUAUAUAUAUAUAUAAUGAAAUACUUUAAAUAGGUUAUGAAUCCUUAUUAUUCAGAGUUAUUAUAAAGUGUAACUGUUUCAUCAAUGUCAAAUGUGAUGUCCUGUAUAGCAGGAUAUGAUGGUAUUCUUUAUGGCUAGUCUAUAGAUCACCUCAUGUUACUGUAGUAGAAAUACAGUAUCAGAUCAGCUUGUUCAGUGUUAAUUAGCUCCGAGACCACAUGCUGACUGCAGCAAAUAAUAUCAGUAUCUACAAGCUCAAAUCACCAGUGUUCAUAUUUCUUGCUUUUGACGAUAAAUACUUGUGACAUUGAUGCUCUAAGACCGACAUGUAUUAAAAUGUGGCCCUAAAAUAA